ACUAAUAAUUUUCGAAGAAUUUCUGUACUUUAAAUAGUUCAAUCAAGUUAUCGUGGUAAAAAUGUAAACGAAUAAUGACGUGUAAGUAGUCGUUAAACUCUCCAAGAUGGCAUCCAAAAAGCAAGAUUCAAACGAGGGCUCCAUAAAUAAAUCCUCUAAACAGAAGACAGAUGAUAAACCAGUUAAAGUAGACAAAUGGGAUAACUCAGCUGUAAAAAAUGCAUUGGAUGAUGCUGUGAAAAAGAUGUUUACUGAGAAACUGAAAUAUAUUGAAAAUCAUCGUCUUAUGGAUGGCAGGCUGGCAAUAUCUGGAAUUGCUGUAGGAACAGCAAUGUUUGCUCUUGUCUGGGAUUAUUAUUAUCCAUUUCCUCUAUCUCGUCCAAUACUUAUUGCUUGUGUAACUACAUAUUUCAUUCUGAUGGGAAUUCUAACCUUGUAUACCACAUUUUUGGAAAAAGGUAUUUUUUUAGUUGCUUUUGAAAAAGACCCUUCUGGACUGGAUCCAGAUCAAGUUUGGACUGUUAGUUCAACAUUGAAAAGAUUUGAUGAUAAAUAUCAUUUAAGUAUGAUACAUACAAGUGGUAAUUCUAAAAAAUCUCAAGAAUCUUCCUUAGAAAAAUCAGUUAGUAGUUGGUUUGAUGAAAAAGGCAAUCUUAUAUAUGAUUUAUUUGAACAAGAUUUAAUUAAACUUCAUGCAAAGUUAUGUGAAAAGAAAAUUAAUUAAGGCUAUUAAAUUGUUUUAUAUGAAUAUGUUUACAGUAUAUAGGGGCAUAAACAACAAAUUAAAAUUUUGACUCUGAAAUAGCUAUUUAAAAAAUUGUGCCUUAUAUAGCUAUUAUGUAUUAUUAUACUGUAGAUCAUAUUCUUUAAUAAAAAAUCUUUAAGAAAAAGCAAUUCAGACAUAAUAUCAAUAAACAUUUGGGACCAUCAGAUAUAACAAUUAAAAAUAGUUACAUUAAGAAUUCACACAAAUAACAUCUUCCAUCAGUAAAUUUUAAAGUUUGUGCAUAAUUUAUUGUCAUUUAGAUAUUUAUUUUUUCUUAAAUAAUUGUAAUAGGAGUCUAGCUCAGAAUUAUGCACAAAUACAUUUUAAAAAUAUCACUUAAAUACAAUUUAUUUGUAUUUCCAUAAUUAAACAAAGCAAAAAUUAUUAAAUAAUUAUUAAACAAAGCAAAAAUAUAUAUAUUUGAUUAUUGAAUAUAAAUUAAGAUUUACAUAAAUGAGUAAUUAUCUGUAAGUACUCAUUUUUUAAAAACCUUAUUGUAUAUAUCUGAAUUGCAUCAUCAAUUUCUGUGUAUUUAAAUAUUACUACAUUCCUAACAUGGUAUUUCAGAAAUUUUGUCAUUUGCUAUUUCAUAUAUAUAUAUAUAUAUACAGUAUAUAUAAAUAUAUUUUGAUAUUUGAAAAUAUUUAACUGCACAAAAGUUAUGCAUAUGUAAAUGUACACAUUCGUGAUAUAAAAAUGCUUACACUGUUGUUUUGCAUAGUUUUUCAAUGUUAUCAAAUAUUACAAAAUUUUUAAUUUAUAGUGCAAUAUUCAUUAAAGUAGAUGUUAAAUUUCAAAACUAGCUUUUUUUUUUAAUAAUAAUAAUAAUAAUGUAAAAUUAAUGCAAAAUAGAAAAGGGAAAUUGUUGUUAAAUUUUCAAAAUAUCAGUUUUUAAUUCUUGGGAAAUGUAUACUUGCUCUAAAAAUGAUAUAUGUUGGACUUGAUAGUAUUUUACUAACAAGUAAAGUAGUCUUCCAUAUUGUGUGUAAUAAAAGUAUUAUAAAUGGUA